AUGGACGCAAUCAAGCCUUUCCUCCCCGAGGCCAAGGGAAUCCUGCCCUACUACAUGCUCCUGGUAUGCACACCACCAGAUUCAUCCCGCACAACCCGACCUUCUCCCCCCGUCUACACCACACUGCUAACCACGUCGUCGACUCUCGAACAGCUCUCCGUCAUCUCCAUCGGCAACAGCGUACAGAACUACACGACCCUCCACUUCUCCCGCAGGGUGUACAACGGCCGCUUCAUCCGCAACACCAAGCUCCCCCCAGCCUCGUCCACCUUCAACCCCGAAGACGCGGUCGACAAGCUCAUCCCCGCCCACAACGACCCCAAGGCCACCGACCAGCUCACCCCGCUGACCGGCCGCCUCUUCGGCACCUGGACCUUCAUCAUCAGCAUCGUCCGCCUCUACGCCGCCUACCACCUGCACCACGGCCCCGUCUACAACAUCGCCCUGUGGACCUACGUCGUCGCCUUUGGCCACUUCGCCACCGAGCUGUUCGUCUUCAAGUCCAUGACCUUUGGGCUCCCCCAGUUCUUCCCCUUCACGCUGGCCACCUGCGCCCUGAUCUGGAUGCCCAUGGUGCGGGAGUACUACGUCACGAUUGAGUAG